AUGGAAGACAAUAAAGUAGCGCGCGGGGCCGGCGAAGAUGUCUACUUAUUAGAGCGCCAUGCGAAGGAGGUCGAGCGGCUCUCAGCGCAGCACGAGUUCUUCAAAACUCAUACAGAGCACCACCUUCUAUCGCCUAAGCUCUUGGCCGGAAACAGACCCCUAAAACUGCUCGACUCUGGGUGCGCAGAUGGACACUGGCUGCGAGACCUGCGAAAACAGAUACCGGAUCGGCAGAUGGAGCUACAUGGUAUCGACAUUGCACCCGCUCUGUUCCCUCCUCAACCAGCGCAGGCGGCAUCGGGUAUCGAGCUCCGUGCCCACAAUGUGACGCAGCCUUUUCCAGCUUCAUGGGCCUGGAAGAACUCAUUCGACAUCAUCCAUCAGCGUCUCCUCGUCUGGGGCGUGCCCGUCUCCAAAUGGCCUGCGAUGAUGCAACAUCAUCUGGAUAUACUCAAGCCUGGCGGCUAUAUGCAACUGGUCGAGGUCGAAUGGGUGCCCCAGGGUCCUAUUCCAGACUCGAACCCACAGCUGCAGAAACAGGUCAAGAUGCAAAGGUUCUUCUCGGGCCAGUUCGGGAUGGAUAUCGACUUGGCGUACCGACUGGAAGACGUCUUACGCGAAGCCGGCUUGGAGGAUGUCCAGAAGAUUCAAUUUGACCACGGAUACGGGGCAUCGGCCAAAGAUCCGCAGAUGCGAGAGAUAAGUUCGAUCAUCAGCACCGAGGUCUUUCGAGGGCUGGACGUCAAAAUUGGAGAUGGAAUACCCGGGGUGGCCACGAACUCGGAUGAAUUCCAUGCAUUCCUCGAUGCGCUGAGAGACGAGGUCAGGUCCGUUGGGUAUAACACCAAGAUCAACUUUGUGUCUGGCAGGAAACCGGCCCCACAGACCCAGUGA